UGAUGAUGAUGAUGAUGAUGCGCGCAAGGAAUUGCCUGCUUUAAAAGCGAGAACCUGCAGGAUGUGGAAGGACAAUACCAGACAGGCGAGGCAACGCUCAGCAUCAGCAUCAUCAUCAUGAACGGCCACUGCAACGGGAAGGCGAGCGACGUCGCCGCGGAGAAGUUCCACAGAAGCAACGCUUUCCCCGAGCUGAGCGUCAAGAAAGCGGCCCACAGCAAACUCCCAGAGGGCUCCCGCAAGGAGGAGGAGGACCAGUGCCGGCUGCCCUCCAUGGAGGCUGCCUACGCCAGCAUCUUGCGGGAGCUCGGCGAGGACGUCGACCGCCACGGCCUGCUCCGCACGCCGCUGCGCGCCGCCAAAGCCAUGCAGUUCUUCACCAAGGGCUACCACGAGACGGUAGACGAUGUGCUGAACGACGCCAUCUUCGACGAGGGCCACGACGAGAUGGUGAUCGUGAAGGACAUCGACAUGUUCUCCUUGUGCGAGCAUCAUCUGGUGCCCUUUUUUGGCAAAGUCCACAUCGGGUAUAUUCCCAACAAGAAAGUGGUGGGGCUGAGCAAGCUGGCGAGGAUUGUGGAGAUCUACAGUCGAAGGCUUCAAGUUCAAGAGCGUCUCACCAAGCAGAUUGCCGUCGGGUUAUCCGAGGCCCUGAAACCCAGAGGCGUCGCCGUGGUGAUUGAGGCGGCGCACAUGUGCAUGGUGAUGCGCGGCGUGCAGAAGAUGAACAGCCGCACGGUUACCAGCUCCAUGUUGGGGGCCUACCGAGAUGACCCCAAAACUCGGGAGGAGUUCCUGUCCCUCACCCAGAAGUGAGAGGACGUCAUGGCGGAUCCAUAAACGUACAAGAAACACACACACCACAGAUUGAAGAAUUUCAAUGCCGCAGCUUUGAUGAUUUGUAAAGUCACUGUGAUUCCAAGUGCCUUUUUUUUCUCUCCACCAAAAUAUUUUAUAUUUCUGUUCAAUAUACAAAAUGAAAUUCUUUUUUUUACCUGUACUACCCAGAUGGGAAUUUCAUUGGCGCUGGUGCCAAGUGGUGCUGUCUG